AUGGCCGUGACCAAACGUGACGUUUGUAGGCUGGCGCAGACAAAGAUGCCACCACUCAAGAGGGUGAAACGGCUUUGCAUUCCGCGCCCACAACUCUCCAAAUCCACCCAGCGCAAGGACACGCUCCCAACAAUCCGUGAAGAUGAAUGCGAGGAUUUGGAGCAAGAGGCGUCCAAGGUCCAGGAGAAGCUGAACAGGACCUUCGGGGAUCUCACAGGCGAUGUGUCCCCCGAGCUGGUCGAAGAGAUGAUCAGCUUCUUGCAGGCGGCUCCACAGCUGGACCGUACGAAGGCUCUGCAGUUCCUAGCGCCAAGGCUUCGAUCCUUAGCGCAGAGUGAAGCUGGCUCCCGCAUUGCGCGGUGUGCCAUUGACGUGGCCACGAGCCGCGACAGGGCCACUGUCCUGUCGGCCUUUCAAGGCUCCGUGAUGGAGCUGUGCAAGUCGGGCCCAGGCCACGAAAUCCUGGUCCUACUGAUCGACUGCAUUCCGGUGUUCUCGCUGAAUUUCAUGAUCUGCGAGUGCAUUGCUCAUUGUGAGGAAUUGGCCCUCCACAGAUAUGGCUCAAAUGUCAUUGAGUCCAUCCUCUUGCACUUCCACCCUGGGCAACUCAGUGAGUUCUUCAUGAAGCUUUUGGAGGCGUCCCCUCGACUCACGCGAUCACCCUACGGCAGCCGUGUGCUGCAGACCCUGAGCGAGUAUGGUGGGACGAGCUGUCGAGAGCUCUUGAUCCGGCAAAUCUCGCCCGAAGCGGCGCAGCUGGCGAUGCAUCGCACAGCGUCUCAAGUGAUUCGAAAGUUGCUUGAACUUGGUGAUGCAACUGGACAGCAGCUCCUCGCCGCAGCGCUGCUCGAGGCCGUCCGGAGGAACUCGGUGCAGGUCGUCAACAUCGCAUGUAGCCGUAGUGGUAGUGCUGUGCUCCAGCAGAUCUCGGCCAUGGAGGUGCCCGAGGCGGAAGAACUUCAAUCGCGGCUCACCGAGGCCUUACCUGUCUUAGAGAAGUCGCGCUAUGGCCGACGGCUUGUGCGAGAGGGGCCCUGGCCACCAAUGAUUGAUAGGAAAGCGGCGGAAGAGCACUUCUGCCUUUCCGACGCCCGGGUGAGCGGUUCCGGGGCUUCUGCCGUGCUCUCGACGUGCAGCGCACCCGCCAAUCUGAAAAGAGACCUCCAGGGCUCGGAGGGCUUGGGAGGAGUGGAUUGGCCCACUGUGACAUGCCGGUGUUUCACCGCGCGGUCCACCGCGUGGCAGACGGAGUGGCAGCGUGAUCCGGUGAACGGGCUUCUGUCCGACAUCUCCUUCCAGCAGAUUGGCGGCCGAUGCAAGAUAGUUUACAAGGAUGACAUCGUGAGCUGUUUGCGAGGAGAUAUUGUGGUUUCAGAGCGCUUCCAAGCUCUAAAGAAGAAAAGGUUUGAGAAGGAAGAGCAAGAAGCGAAACAGACGAGGGUUCUUCACGGCCAUGACGAAAGGUGGUGUCGCAGGGGUGUCCGAACUGACGCUUGCCGCUGUGCUGGGCAAAGAGGCAUGCGCAACAACGCCUUCAACGUGACAGGGAGCGGGUGA